GAUGAAGGUGGUGAGAAAGAAAAACAAACCGCUUCUGAGCAAGUGAAGGAAGAGAAUGCAGCCAGAGAAAAAGAAGACUUUCAGGAAGCAGUGCGGAGCAUAAGCGAAUUAACAAAAUUAAAGAAUGGCAAUACUUGGGAACAGAAGGAGUUUAAUAGACAAGUAGAUAAUUAUAAAGACAAUUAUGGUAAUCGUAAAGAUUUACCCGAAGAAAUUAAGUGGGGUUCAACUCAACAAUCAGAAAAUAAUCAAGACCAAGGAAAUAAGGAUAAAGGCAGUGGUGGUAAUGGCAAAAAGGGAAAAAAUAAUGACAAUAAUAAUGACUCUCAAGAACCAAAACGAGCCAAAAUUGAAGAAGAAGUUAAACAAGACCAAGCCAAAAAAGAUGAAGAAGCAACUAAUACAUUAACUAAUGAUUUGGCGGGGCUGGCCAGCAAAUCUGACCAAGAAAAAGAACAAAGUUUAGUUGAUAUUGAAAAAUUAAAAAAUCAAGGUGGAGUUUACGGACAACGAAAAGAGGAAAUUAAAGAAAAAAAAGAUGAAUUAGCCAAAAAAGACCCCCAAGGAUAUGGCAAAAUAAUUGCCAAAGUUAUCCAACAAAAAAUGAAGGAAUUUAAGGUAGAAAUUAAUAAAUUGGGUAGUGAAAUCAAAGAAAAAAUCAAGAAAUUACAAAACGGCGAAAUUACUAAUGAUGAGCAAGUGCGAGAAAUUGAGGAGGAAGUCAGCGAAAAAGUAAGUGAGGAGGUAGCGAAUGUGGAAACAAAUGACUUGUUGGCUCAAGCCCAAAAUUUACUAAAAGGUACUGCUGGUAAUCUAAAAAGCCAACUAGAAAAGAUAAAAAAGGGUUUGUAUAGUUUGAAAUUAAGCAUCAAUCCUUAUCAGCAAAAAGCUUAUCAAUUGCAAAAACCAAGAAUAGAAAAAGCCCUCAAAGAUUUAGAAAGUCUUUCUCAAAACAACACUCAUCAACCAAAUAAGUCAGGCUUCUUCCAACCGAAAGUGAUUAUUUCGCUUGGACUUUUGGCCGUAUUAGCCUUGGUGGUAG